AUGGCGGAGGAGGACAGGGAUUCGUUCCAGGAGGCCAUCAGUGGUUUCGAGCUCUUGGUGGACGGCCGGCUGCUGCCAUGGGGGGAGUUUUGCCGCGACUUGCGUGCCUGGUUGCUGGAUACUGGUCAGGUCCCCGUUGAGGGAAAACUCGCGAACAGCCCCUGUGAGAGAGAGUUGAGCAGGCGGCCGAGUCUUGUGAAGCGGGAGCAUUUGGAAGGUGAUAUGGCGGAGGAGGACAGGGAGCUGUUCCAGGAGGCCAUCUGUGGCUUCGAGGUCUCGGUCUUCGGCCAGCUGCUGCAGUGGGGGGAGUUUUGCCGCGAGCUGCGUGCCUUCUUGCUGGAAACUGGUCAGUUCCUAUCGAAAGAAGUCGUGGACAGCACUCCCAAGAGACGGUUGAGGAGGCGGUUUAGUCUGGCGAGGCGAGAGCACUUGGCAGGUGACAUAGCGGAGGAGGACAGGGAUUUGUUCCAGGAGGCCAUCAGUGGCUUCGAGGUCUCGGUCUUCGGCCCGCUGCUGCCAUGGGGGGGGAGUUUUGCCGCGAGUUGCGUGCCUGGUUGCUGGAUGCUGGUCAGGCCCCCUUUGAGGGAAGACUCGCGAGCAGCCCCCGCGAGAGAGAGUUGA